GUUUAUUCUCAUUUGACACCAAAAGUCAGCACAGCGAAGCCAAAUGUCCCUAACGGAAACAAAUGAGAAAACGCAAGCAGCCCCUAAAGAAUAAUGUCAGCACUUGGCCAAAACAAUCAUAAAAUAUUUACAGUGAUAAAUUUGGCACACCUUAAGUGAGCUGGCGCGCCCUGAACACUGGUGUCACACAACACGUUAAAAGUUUAAAUAUAUUGUGCAGCCUGUUAGUGGGGUUAGUAGGAGAUGAGAUGUGUCAGCCGUGUGAUCAUUUGUCCUGCUGGAUGCUGCGUCCCGCCCUGCGCCGGACUGACUGAGUGUCACUGCGCUGGACACCGAGCAAAGUAACCAGCCACAGGACGUCUGCGCCGCCGACACAACAUGGCCAGGCGACGAAGCCUCUGAGAUUUUUCACCAAGGACAACUAAACAACCUCUAGGAGCUGUUCAUUGUUCCAUCAUGGUGUAUGGACAGAUCUUUCAUCGGCACAGUCCUGAUGAUUGCUUCAUUAAUGUCAAUGUUGGAGGUUUCAAACAACGAAUGGAGCACAAUGUUCUGAAAUGUUUCCCUCAGACACGCCUGGGACGUCUUCUGUGUUGCAGCUCCAAAGAAGCAAUCCUGGAGCUCUGCGAUGACUUCAGUCCCUCUGACAUGGAGUACUAUUUUGAUCGCAAUCCACGUUUUUUCUGUUAUGUUCUCAAUUUUUACCUCACAGGCAAAAUCCACCUGGUGGAUGGGUUGUGCAUAGUCUCCUUUUUUCAAGAGAUUGAGUAUUGGGGCAUCAAGGAGCGUCACCUUGACCUCUGCUGCAGUGGCAAAUUCCAUGAGCUAAUGGAACUUGCUGAGGAUAAAGGCUGGGAUCAGGGGAGCGAAGACCAGCAGUUUCACAGCUCGGACUCAUCUAUUGAGGAGCUGUCAGCUUUGGACGAGGACAUAGAAAUGUUUGAAGGCUCCUGGUGUGCAGACGUCCGCAGGAAUAUUUGGAUCCAACUUGAGAAUCCAGGUCACUCCACUUCAGCCAAAGCGAUGGCUGUAGCAUCCUUAAGUGUUGUCAUUGUCUCCAUUGUAGCCAUGUGCGUCCACAGCAUGCCUGACUUUCAUCAGGUGGAUCUCAAUGAGAAGGAGAUUGAAAACCCAGUGCUGACUUUCUUUGAGAACCUCUGUGUCCUGUUCUUCUCUGCAGAAUAUAUUCUUCGUUUGGCUGUUGCACCAUCAGCCAGGAAGUUCUUGUGCAGUCCCCUCAAUAUUAUUGACUUAAUGUCAGUUAUGCCCUUCUAUGUCACUUUGGCCUGUGACAUAGCGGACGAAGGUGAAAACACAGACCUGGAGAAUGUUGGCAAAGUGGUGCAGAUUUUGCGGCUGAUGCGAGUGUUUCGCAUCCUAAAACUGGCACGCCACUCAGCUGGCCUUCGCUCUCUUGGUGCCACACUUCGACACAGCUCCCGUGAAGUCGGACUUCUCAUACUGUUCUUGUCUGUGGGCAUUUCCAUGUUCUCUGCUCUCAUUUACUGUGCAGAGAAAGAAUCUCCGGAUUCAGAGCUGCAGACUAUCCCUAUUGGCUGGUGGUGGGCCACUAUUAGCAUGACUACAGUGGGCUAUGGGGACACCUUUCCUGUUACGCUUGGUGGGAAGAUAAUAGGAACACUGUGCAUCAUCUGUGGGCUGCUUAUCGUGGCGUUGCCCAUCACUAACAUCUUCAAUAAGUUCUCCAAGUUCUAUGAGAGGCAAAAACGCAUCGAUCUCAGGUGAAGCAAUAACUGAACCCCCUCCAGCUAGCGAAAGAGUCUUCCAGGAUGCAAUGUCAAGAACGUAUCCCCACAAAGUCAUGUAUGAAGCAUAACUUAUAAGGAGAGCCACACAAUAUACUGCAACAAACUUGGCAAAACAAAAUGGGGAUAACAUUCAAAUAUCAAACAAGUCUUUUCCUCUGUUGUGACAAAAGGAAUAAUUUUGCUUUUCGGGAAAUACUUUUAGUUGCUUUCUUCCCAAGAGUUACAUUUUUGUACGCUAAAUGCUUUAUGAGACACUAUCUGAAGUCACACUCAAUCUUGUGUCUGUAGCAGGUUUUUAAAACUCCUUAUAGACAUGAUACAGCAUUCUGCAGUUGUCCUUUGUCUAUUCCUACCAUGCUGUUUCAGUCCUCAUCUGUUAUUGAUCCAUCGACUUGUUGUCACGUUGCUGUAUUUUGUUUCAAAAGGCUUUUAAUUGCUUAAUCCAAUGAGAGGCGUCCUGCUGUUUGCUAGGUCAUCAGUGUAAUGAGUUCUUAAUCAAUGUGCCUGGGUCAAGAACAGUAAAAGUCAAUAGAAAUCCUUACAAGGUGCUGAAUUCACAAUUCAUCCCAUGGUAAGUAUCGAGAUCUGCAGUCUUUAAUUGGAGAAGAAUAAACCAGACAAUAAAGUUAUUAAGUCUCAGUUUGUCUUAUCAUCAUUAGCAGGAUUUCCAUUUUUUAAUUCAGCUGUUAACAGGUUUUAUUUCUCACUUGUGUUGAAUCUGAGCAAACAUUUCAUGCUGUGCUGUUUUUAUGUUCUUCUUCUCACUGAAACAGUUUCCCGCAGUCACCUUCAUCAACAGUGUCUGUGUGUGUUUUAUCUGUUAUCUCUUAAACAGAUAAGAAUGUUCAGAUCAAUGAAAACAGGCCAAAUAUCAGAGUUGCCCUCCAAAGAAUGCCAAUACUGCAGACAACAGAAACCACAAUCUCACCUCAAUUGAUUUUUAAUAUAAAUCAUGGCCACUACAAUACUGUUUAUGGUGAAAUGGUGAUCUUUAGUCAGAUUAUUCUCACUGGCAGCUGAUGAACAUUCACAGUGUUUUGCAGCCGUCAGCUGUCAGGGAAUAGCUAAGUAGCUUGUGGCUUCAGCCCUUAAAUAAACGUUGACGUCAGCACUCAGGGGUAUGGUCACCUUUUAUGCUUGGGUUCCUCCUCCUGUGUCCUUCUUUUACACUCAAAGUCACAAAGUACUGUACACUGAUUUAGUUCAUUGCUUGAGUCUUUCAAACUGAAAGUCACCGUCAGCAAUAUCUAAUGUGGUUAUCUCUGUACUGAAGGACAGUCAGGUGCUAUGCUACACAGGAACAUAGUGAUACUGUGUUUUCACUAAAAGUCUGUAGUCAUGCUAUCCUCACCAUGAUGUUAUUGAUGAAGAUGUUAACUCACAUUUUCACAACUAUCAUGCAGCAAAAACCAAUCCAAAAAAAGUUGGAAGUACCUUUAAAUAUACUGUGUGAUGUACUGACUUCAGAUCCAGACUAAGUUUUCUAAUUAAUCACUUUGUGAAAUAAUUUCAGCCACAUGAUAAUAAAAAUAAACAUAGAAAUUCCU